CGCUUCGGCUGCUCCGGGAGGCAGCGGGAGGGCGAGUGGGGCGCACGCGCGCUCGGCCGCUGCGAAGGCCGCGCUCGGCCUCGUGUUUUUACUUCCUUGUCUUCCGAGCUGUAUCCGGGUCGCUGCUUUCUCUAUUGUCUCAGGCGACCGGCCUGGGGCCGUGUACCAUCUGGGGGGCGUCUUCUGUGACUUCUGCGGCAGGCUAAUAAAGAUUUUCUUCCUGACAUUCCCCGCCCCCCGUUCCAGUCUUAACGGGGGGUGUGUACACUCUCCGAGGCUGCCUCUGGCCGGGGCGGGGCGCGCCGUGGGAAGGGACCCGAGCAGCCGGGGCCGAGCCAAGUCUUGGGGGGCGGCGGGUGGGCCCCGGGCUGGACCCGGCGUCUUUGUGAGCUGCCUCGGCGGCCCCAGCCCCCGGCCCGCCGACCCCUGGGCUCCCGCAGCCUCUCUCUAGGUCUCCUCCCAACGACCAGCCUCACGGAUUCCUUAUGGAUCGCAGCUCCAAGAGGAGGCAGGUGAAGCCUUUGGCAGCUUCUCUCCUAGAAGCUCUCGAUUACGAUAGUUCAGAUGACAGUGAUUUUAAAGUUGGAGAUGCUUCAGAUUCUGAGGGGAGUGGUCAUGGAAGUGAAGAUCCUUCAAAGGACAGUGGAGACGGCUCCUGUAGCGACUCUGAGGAAAACGUUUUAGAGGAAGAAGCGAAUGAAGAUGCCAAAAUAAAGGAAGAGCUUAAAACCUGUGGAGAUGAAGAAAUAGUGUCAUCAGAAAAACAGUUAAUUAAAGUGGAAAAGAAGGACGAAGAAGAAAAUGGAGAGAAACCUAGAAAGAAAAAGGAAAAAGACAAAGAGAAGGAGAAAGAAAAGUCCACGGUAUCCGAUAGUGUGGCUGCCGCCGCUCCUGCCGCUGCUACCCCAAGCACAAGUCCUCCUGCUGCCCACACCUCCCCUGCCACCCCUGCCACCACCACCACGGCCGAAGAGCAAGUCAGUGAGCCCAAGAAGUGGAACCUUCGUCGAAACCGGCCGCUCUUGGAUUUCGUGUCCAUGGAAGAGCUAAACGACAUGGAUGACUAUGACAGCGAGGACGAUAACGAUUGGCGGCCGACGGUCGUGAAAAGAAAGGGCAGAUCCGCCUCUCAGAAAGAGGGGAGUGAUGGGGACAACGAGGAUGAUGAAGAUGAGGGAAGUGGGAGUGAUGAGGAUGAGAAUGACGAAGGCAAUGAGGAAGAUCACAGCAGCCCCGCCAGUGAAGGGGGCUGCAAGAAGAAGAAGAGUAAAGUUCUUAGCAGAAACAGUGCUGAUGAUGAGGAACUGACCAAUGAUAGCCUGACACUAUCUCAGAGCAAGAGUAAUGAGGACUCGCUGAUUCUUGAGAAGAGCCAAAACUGGAGUUCUCAAAAAAUGGAUCAUAUUCUGAUUUGCUGUGUUUGUCUUGGAGAUAAUAGUGAGGAUGCUGAUGAGAUCAUUCAGUGUGACAAUUGUGGCAUUACAGUACAUGAAGGUUGUUAUGGAGUUGAUGGAGAGAGUGACUCCAUAAUGAGCUCAGCUUCUGAAAACUCCACUGAGCCUUGGUUUUGUGAUGCCUGUAAAUGUGGCGUUGCUCCUAGCUGCGAACUGUGUCCCAACCAGGACGGGAUCUUCAAGGAGACAGAUGCUGGAAGAUGGGUUCAUAUUGUUUGUGCCCUUUAUGUUCCUGGGGUAGCCUUUGGAGAUAUUGACAAAUUACGACCAGUAACACUGACAGAAAUGAAUUAUUCCAAGUAUGGUGCCAAGGAGUGCAGCUUUUGCGAAGACCCUCGCUUUGCUCGCACAGGCGUUUGCAUCAGCUGCGAUGCGGGAAUGUGCAGAGCCUAUUUUCAUGUGACUUGUGCCCAGAAGGAAGGUCUGCUCUCAGAGGCAGCAGCGGAAGAGGACAUAGCAGAUCCGUUCUUUGCUUAUUGCAAGCAGCAUGCAGAUCGGUUAGACAGGAAGUGGAAGAGAAAGAACUACUUGGCCCUGCAGUCCUACUGUAAGAUGUCUUUACAAGAGAGAGAGAAGCAGUUGUCACCAGAAGCACAGGCAAGGAUCAAUGCCCGGCUACAGCAGUAUCGUGCCAAGGCAGAGCUGGCUCGCUCCACCAGACCCCAGGCGUGGGUUCCCAGGGAAAAGCUGCCCAGGCCCCUCACCAGCAGCGCUUCAGCCAUUCGGAAGCUGAUGCGGAAGGCUGAGCUGAUGGGGAUCAGCACAGACAUCUUCCCAGUGGACAAUUCCGACACCAGUUCGAGUGUGGACGGCAGGAGGAAACACAAGCAGCCCGCUCUCACUGCUGACUUUGUGAAUUAUUAUUUUGAGAGAAAUAUGCGCAUGAUUCAAAUUCAGGAAAAUAUGGCUGAACAAAAGAAUAUAAAGGAUAAAUUAGAGAAUGAACAAGAAAAGCUUCAUGUGGAAUAUAAUAAGCUAUGUGAAUCCUUAGAAGAACUACAAAACCUGAAUGGAAAACUUCGGAGUGAAGGGCAGGGGAUCUGGGCCUUGCUGGGCAGAAUCACAGGGCAGAAACUGAACAUACCAGCAAUUUUGCGAGCACCCAAGGAGAGAAAACCAAGUAAGAAAGAAGGAGGCGCACAGAAGACGUCUGCUCUUCCUGCAGUACUCUACAGUUGUGGAAUCUGUAAGAAGAACCAUGACCAGCAUCUGCUUUUGUUGUGUGACACCUGUAAGCUUCAUUACCACCUUGGCUGUCUGGAUCCCCCGCUCACAAGGAUGCCACGCAAGACCAAAAACAGUUACUGGCAAUGCUCAGAAUGUGACCAGGCAGGGAGCAGUGACAUGGAGGCAGACAUGGCCAUGGAAACCUUACCAGAUGGGACCAAACGAUCCAGAAGACAGAUUAAGGAACCAGUGAAAUUUGUUCCACAGGAUGUGCCACCGGAACCCAAGAAGAUUCCAAUGAGAAACACGAGAACCAGAGGACGAAAACGAAGCUUCAUUCCUGAGGAGGAAAAACAUGAGGAAAGAGUUCCCAGAGAAAGAAGACAAAGACAGUCAGUAUUGCAAAAGAAGCCCAAGGCUGAAGAUUUAAGAACUGAAUGUGCAACUUGCAAAGGCACCGGGGACAAUGAAAAUCUUGUCAGGUGUGAUGAGUGUAGACUCUGCUACCAUUUUGGCUGUUUGGAUCCUCCCUUGAAAAAGUCUCCUAAACAAACAGGUUAUGGAUGGAUAUGUCAGGAGUGUGAUUCUUCAUCUUCUAAGGAAGAUGAAAAUGAAGCUGACAGAAAAAAUAUGUCUCAGGAGCUCGGAACAGAACAGAGAAAUCCAAAGAAAUGAGGGGUUUUCUGUAAUGCUAUGAAACAUUUGCCACUAUGUAGUAGAUAAAAUUUCUAAUGUAAAAUGUUAAGUUGUAAAAUCUAAUUUGCAAAAUAUUCUCAAUAAAAUUGUUGAAAAUGAA